GCCCAUGUGUGUCUGGAGCUGGAGUGUAGCCUGCACAGUCUGUGGUUGAGAGCGGUUUGUGUGUUUGCUGCCACAGUAGAGGCAGCCUGAGGGCGGCGUGACACACAUUCACCCGCUGAAUUGUUUUUCUUUUUACUUACGAAACGGAUUUUAAGCGUCCGUACCGAUGUAGCGUUAGCAGCUCGUGAACUCAUCCGGACUUCAGUCAGUAAUCCCAUAAACUGAACUGGAUGCUGACAGUCACUUGGGUGGGGCUGACGCGGAUGACAGUACACCGGAGCAGAGCCCAGGGAUAAACCACACCGCACCGGAUCCGUUUAAAAAACCGAGAGCGGGCGGUGGGUAAGAGCCAUGACCAAGCCCGAGUCGAAGAGAAGCGGCGUGGCCACGAUCAACGCCACCAGCAAGUGCGCCACAUCCGCCGCCGAUCAGAUCAAGAACGGCUCGGUCGAACCGGGCUGUCCGGAUCAGAGCACACAUAUGAAAUCUAAUGUAAUGAAGCAGACUUCAAGGGAGAGCAUGCACCGGAAAAACACCGAGUGUGAAGUCUAUGACGACGGGACCAACACCUUUUUCUGGCGAGCCCAUACUGUGACAGUGCUAUUUAUCCUGACCUGUGCUCUGGUCUACGUCACGCUGUUGGAAGAGACCCCCCAGGACACGGCCUACAAUACUAAGAGGGGGAUUGUGGCCAGCAUCCUGGUGUUCCUCUGUUUUGGAGUGACACAAGCCAAAGAUGGACCCUUUACCAGACCGCAUCCAGCUUACUGGCGGUUCUGGCUUUGUGUCACUGUCGUCUACGAACUGUUUCUCAUCUUCAUCCUGUUCCAGACGGUGCAUGAUGGACGACAGUUCAUGAAGUACAUUGACCCCAAACUCGGGGUGCCGCUCCCUGAGCGCGACUAUGGAGGAAACUGCCUCAUUUAUGACCCAGGCAAUGUCAGCGACCCCUUCCACAACAUCUGGGACAAGAUGGAUGGCUUUGUUCCAGCUCACUUUCUGGGAUGGUAUAUCAAGACUCUGAUGAUUCGGGACUGGUGGAUGUGUAUGAUAAUCAGUGUCAUGUUUGAGUUCCUGGAAUACAGCCUGGAGCACCAGUUACCUAACUUCUCCGAGUGCUGGUGGGACCAUUGGAUCAUGGAUGUGUUGGUGUGUAACGGUCUGGGGAUCUAUUGUGGCAUGAAGACCCUGGCCUGGUUGUCAAUGAAGCCCUACCAGUGGCAGGGCCUGUGGAACAUUCCUACAUACAAGGGGAAGAUAAAGCGGAUAGCAUUCCAGUUCACACCGUACAGUUGGGUGAAGUUCGAGUGGAAGCCUGCUUCAAACCUUCGUCGCUGGCUUGCUGUGUUAGGCAUCAUCUUUAUGUUUCUCCUGGCGGAGCUGAACACCUUCUACCUGAAGUUUGUGUUGUGGAUGCCUCCUGAACACUACCUGGUGCUGCUCCGCCUGGUCUUCUUUGUCAAUGUGGGAGGUGUAGCCAUGAGGGAAAUCUACGACUUCAUGGAUGACCCGAAGUUCCACAAAAAGCUCGGCCAGCAGGCGUGGCUGGUGGCAGCAAUCACGGUGACUGAGUUCCUCAUAGUGCUCAAGUAUGACCCCACCACCAUCAUGCUGCCCAUCCCCUUCUUCAUCAUGCAGUGCUGGUUCUUAGGACUCCUCCUCAUCUUAAUCUGGACCCUGUGGCGGUUCUUCAUCCGUGACAUCACACUCCGUUACAAAGAGACCCGUCGACGCAAACAGGAAGUCCCCACGGACCGGGACCGUCCUCUGGGCAACGGCAGCACAGCCACCCCGUCCGGGCGGAGCAAACUGAACGGCAGCUCCGAGACGGUGCGGCACAGGAAGUCCUGAGGCGGGAGAGCACGAGUCGUAACCGGUCUGUCAGCAGCAACAGGACGAGGUUUGAUGGCGCGAAAUGAAAAGACUGAAGGAGAGUCGUGACACAAAGACACACGUAGAGGCAAACCGAUGGACACAUGUACGUGCUGUGUAGACUUUUUUUGUGCCUACAUGAACCAAGUAGUCAUUCAACAGAGGCGAGGGGGUGGAAGGGGCAAUUUUCAUUCAGUGCAUUGCCUAGUUAUUGUCUUACUACAGGGAUUUACCUCAUUCUAUUUUUUAAAAGCAUUUGGGGAAUUAUACACAGGACAAGAUACAUUUUUUGUGUUAUUUAUACAUUAGUUUGGAAGUUGGGUGAUGAGGGGAAACAGAGUGGAAGGGGGGAAUAAAGGUGAUCAGGGAAGCAGACAGACACGUGACCAAUUAUCGACAGCAGUUUCCGUUUUCUCAGCUGCACAUUUUGUCUUUGAAAACAAGAUUGCGGAAAAAUGCCCGCCUCUGUAAAUACGCUUUAUUCUGUGCAGUCGCAUCAGUGCAGGUGAGAAAAAGGAGUAUUGGGAGCAGUGACACGUUUCAGUAGGUGACUGAUGUUCAGUAUCACCCUGGGGUUUGGACCACGAUAUCACCAAGCAGCAGUUAAAAUGGAGCUUGGUUAGUGACGACACAUUUCUGUUAUGUUCAGUUAAUAUUCUACUUUUUGUCUAUCGUAUUCCCACACAUCUUUGAAAGUUAAGAGUACUCUUUUUUUUUUUUUUUUCCUAAGGGUUGGUUGCAAGCUCCAGACACAUCAUGUACACGUGGGACACAACGUCAGCUUUUCAUUUACAGUUCAGGGUUCUGAUUCCUAGAAGCGCUGAACCUCGGGUCCUUGUAACUGCUGGGGAUCCUCGCUCAGUCUGACAGAGAGAGGAGGAACUGGCCGAAGCCUUUCGCUCCUCUCAGACAAACGACAAGUUUGUUUAAAAAAAAAGAAAAAAAAAAGAAAAGAAAAUCAUGAUGUACCAUACUCUAGUUAUUUAACUGCUGAUUAUACAGAAAUAUAUGGGGUAGAGUUUGGGUGUUUUUUUGUAGAUGUUUUGUCACUACUGUUGUUUCUUUAGGGUAAAUGGAUUCUGAACACUAGAUUGUACUCCAGUUCCUUUUUGUAAAAAUGAGGAAUCUGCAGCACUAUGACGAACACAUCCAUGACAAUCACACUGACAGGAAGAUGUGCUCCCUUCUCAUGGAGACAUGUCGGUUCACACGGUGCAGUAAGGAAUGGCAGAGAUCAGGAUGUCCCUCCAUUGUGACAGGACAGUAAAUAAGGCUGGGCUCAGCGGAUUCAGUCACAUCAGAGGGUGAAUUUAAUAUCUGAUUCCUUUUAUGCCAAAUGUAUUUUUUAAAUUAUUAUUUAACGCUUUAAUUUUAUUAAAAUGUCACGUUCUGCUGUGUCUGAAUCACCUGAAACGAAACCCGUCUUAACGUGGGAGAAAUGAAGGUUUAGGCGCCAGUCAGACAGAGCGUGAAACACGAGGUACAUCGCAAUGCCUUUUCUUGGUUGAAGCCUGCCCCGAUCGGACAGAGCGCUUUUUGCAGCUUGUGGCAUCUUUUCACCUGUCUUAACCGCUAUUUUACUGUAAAGUACUCACAAAUCUGUACCUUUAAAAUCCGACAGCCAGAGAGCACUUGCUCUGAUUGAAGAUGAGAGGUUGUUUCCAAAUGGUACAGUAUGUUGAUCACAGGGAAUCAGAGACCCUUAGAGUAGAAAUCACAGGGAGUACCACCAGCUGGUCCAGGAGCUUUACCUGGAUGAUGGUUGCUUUAAGGCUUAUUUUAGGAUGAGUUGGGGACAGUUCAGGGUACAAUCUGCUGUUAAUCGUCAGGCCUAAUUACAGCUAGUAAGACGUUAGAAAGUAGGUAUGUCUCAGCCCGCCCACGGCAACAUAAAAGUGACAUUACGGUAGCUUCACACUAACCAUGUACGCUGCUACUUCUUGUCAUAGCCACCAUGAAAGGCCCGCCUCAAUUCAUUUUAAUUUGACAAUAGGGAAACUUUUUUUUGUCGUACUUGAGGUGUCCAGCUGUAUAGAGUAAAGAAAAUGCAAGGUGCUCAGCAAUGCAAAAGCAGUAAUCACUCUCAUUGAAAACCAAGCUGCUAAAAGGUGCUUUGUUUGAUCGGAGCCUUAGUUGCGUUUGGUUUGGGCAGAGAACCAUCCGUCUCCAGCUCUGCAGGGUUGACACAUUGCACAUGCAACAAGCCAAAGCUUAGAUGUCAUUCUUGCUAAAGCCAUAAAUACCACUCAGACCCACUUGAGCCGCUCAAACAGCUGUUAAACCUCAUUUAGAUUCCUUUUCAUUUCAACUAAAGCAGAGUCCAAAACCACUGGGAUUAGUCAUGUCGGCAAUUUUUAUGUUACUAAUGGAAAUUGAGACCUGGAGGUCAGACCAUCGAAACCAAAUUUACUUAUGGGAAAAUUGUGGACCUCAACUCUCCUGUUUCUGUAACACUAAUUGUCUCUCAUUCUGAAUAUGUGGAAUCAUCUUAGUUGCUUUUUCUCUUGUAAGUUACAAACAAAAUUGUUAAAUGUAGAGUGAUGUAAAUGAAUCAACUGAAAAUUAUUCCUAAGCUAUUUUGAUGAUCGAUCAUGUUUCAGUGAUUAUUUUUUUCCAAGCAAAAACACCAAACAUUCUGUGGUGGCAUCUUGCUGCUGUUUUUUGUCUGAUGUAAUACUUAACUAAAUAUCUUUGGGUUUUGGAUGAAACUACGACUUCAUAGUGGCUAUUUUUCACUUUUUUUUCAGACCUUCUUUAAACAAAAUGAUCAUGUAGCUAAGAAAAUAAUCAACAGAUUAAUCGAUAAUAAAUUAGUAGUUGUUGCAGCCUUAUUUAAAUAUUCUUAACUUAAUAAUGCUCAAAAAAAAAAGCUUUACACUUAAAUCCAACUGAUUCAAACUGAAAAUAACACUGUUGCUUCCAGUCAGGUUGGAUCUUCUGUUUCUAAAAAAUGUCCCUCC